AUGGCAGGUCCGGCAGGUCCCAAUGGCAACCCCAUCGUCUUCUUCGACAUCACCCUCGGCGGCGAACCCUUGGGCCGUAUCAAAAUGCAGCUCUUCUCUGACGUCGUCCCCAAGACCACCGAAAACUUCCGCCAAUUCUGCACCGGCGAGACCAAAAACCACCUCGGUCGUCCCCAAGGCUACAAAUCCUCCAAAUUCCACCGCGUAAUCCGAGACUUCAUGCUGCAGGGCGGCGAUUUCAUGAACGGAGACGGAACCGGGAGCGCUACCAUCUACGGCACCAAAGCCUUCGCCGACGAGAACUUCAAACUCCUUCAUGAUCAGCCGGGUUUGUUGAGCAUGGCUGUAUGUUUCCCCCUUUCCCUAUACCUCUGCAUCCCAAGGUAGGCCGCUAAUAAUAUGUGCUCCACAAACACCAGAACUCCGGACCUAAUACCAAUGGAAGUCAAUUCUUCAUCACAUGCGCUCCCACUCCGCAUCUAAAUGGCAAACAUGUGGUCUUCGGAAAAGUGGUGGAGGGGAUGGAUGUGGUGAGGAAGAUUGAAAAUGUGAGGACGACGAGGGAGAAACCGAACCAGGACGUCGUGGUUGCGCAGUGCGGUGAGAUGUGA